CGACUCGGUCUCUUCCGUGUUUCAUGCGGAAGCGUCAUUAGUGUUGGAGCCGUGAAGAGGGGCCCCGGGGGCCGCCGGAGAGGUGCUGGCUUCUUUUCUUCUUCUUAUCUGUACUUUUACUUUAUGGUCACGCAAUAUUUAAUGUGGAAGUGUGCUAUAGUCUUCAAUCCGCUUUUGUAUGACAGUUAUAUUGACUUUUAAAGGUAAAAAGCACAACGUGCAAUAAGCAAUAAGGCAUGUGAAGACAAAUACUAGCACAUAUAAUAUCUAAUGAAACAGUAAUAAAAUGACUUUCGGGAACUAUUCUGCAGAAAUGAGAAUUUCAACAAUAACACUUGCAAACAUGACCCUUUAAUUGUACACAGCACUAAGCAACAAGACAGACCAAUAUGACAGAUAAUGAAGUCCCUUAAAGUCAUGACACAUGCAAACAUAUUGCUUCAAUAUAAAAUGUGGACUGGAGAUCAAACCUGUUUUUGGAUUCUUACCAUAAAAUAGUUUGAAGCUCUCACUUUCUUAUUUAUGCUGUAAAUAUUCUAUAUUUGUGCAUUUUUUAUGCAAAAGCCUCUGGAUAACCCAGAGAUCUGUGAAAUGCCUGUUAUUUUGACUUUUUGUUUGACUACAACUUAGCACAAAUUGCAUUUUCCUUCUAUUAUUGUGUGCAUAUCUUUUAAUAUCCACAUGAAUAAUCCACUCAGAGCACAUUACAUGAAAAGUACAGUAUUGUCUUCCAAAAGGUUUUGAUACAAGAUAGCGUUACUGGAUUAGUUUGUCUUAUUUCUUGGACAAGCUUUUCUGUUCUGCUCCAAUAAAAGCCUCUGUUGAGAGCAGAGCUUCCCCUUCAGCUGGGAAAACAGACGUGUCAAACUUGCGUCGUGUUUAGCUUUUUAGAACAUUUAUGGAGACCUCACAUUCUGAAUUCCAACCAGCCUCAACCAAACAUUUGAUUACAGUACGUAAUCUGUCAAGAUCUGUUUGACAGAGCCAACUAUGGUGUGGUUUGAAAAAAAGGAGGCCAUAAUAGAUAUAAUAUUUUACUCAAGAGAGAAAUUAAUAAAUCACCUGAUCACUCCUCACUCUCUCCCACUUUUAUACAAUCCAUCCAUCUGUCUCGUUCAGUCCAUUCGUUCUCUGUAGCACAAAAUUCCUCUUAAGCUAUAAUACGUAACAAUAAAAAGUUUUCCAACAUAUUUAGGCCUACGUACCAAAUGGACCAUCCAUCCACAGUAGAAAAUAAAGUGUAUUUUGGCAACUAAAUUACAUUACUUCAGUGUGUUGCAUGCCCUGUUUGCUAAUGUUCACAGUUCCAUAUCUGGGCCCCUCUGCUGGUGGAAUUGAGCCGCUCAAGGGGUUAAUUAGUUUACAAGCUCCUGCGCAACCCCCCCCCCCCCACCACAUACACACACACACACACACACAGCUGUCUCAUCAGAAAACCCGGGGAAGACCGCAUCCCUCUGCAUGUGUCAGUGGUUGUGGUCAGACUGUCGGACAUCUGGCCAACAGAGACUCCCUGCUCUCUUGAAAGUUGAUUUUUAUUUUUUCAACCCGCCGGAUCCGUCACCACGGGACGCGUCUACAGUAAAAGGUGAGGGUGGCUCCGCACGUCCAUCUGUGAUCGCUCUGUGUUGUACUGACUGUGGCACAUGAGUGCAGUCCAUAUGUUAAUAGGAUGUGAAAAUUGUGAUUGGGCUGUGAAUCAAUGGGCCGAAUACAUAGUUCUACCAGGGUUUCCAAAACCUUUAGCACAUUUCCAAUGUGAUAUAUAAUCACACUGUUCAACCAAAAGCAGCAGAAAAAGGUCCAGAACCUUUUCGAAAAGGCAGCGUAGUGAAAAGGCAAUUCAUGCAGCUCACACGAUUCCUGUAUUUGACCUCUCAAAACUCCAUAAUGUUCCAUAGGUCCACGCAGACUAUCAUGUCGAGCUCCCGUGACACCCUGCGGUUUCGUUUCCCCGCCCACGGGGACUCCAUCCUCAGCAAAAUCAACACUCUAAGGCAGGAGCAGCGCUUCUGUGAUGUCACGCUCCUCCUUGGGGAUCCACGCGACGCCAGCGGUCAGCCGCUCCACUUCCACGCUCACAGAGCCGUGCUCGCCGUCUCCUCGGACUUCUUACGGGACCAAUUUCUGCUCCACGGAGGCCGGGCCAAGCUGUGUGUGGGUGUGGUUUGCUGUGCGGAGGUUGGCAAGAGGCUUCUGCUGUCAUGCUACACGGGGCUCCUAGAGGUCCCUCUGAGAGACCUGGUGAGCUACCUGACUGCCGCCAGUGCGCUCCAGAUGAGUCAGGUGGUGGAGAGGUGUUCCCAGGCCAUCUCGCAGUACCUCGGCCCCACACUGGCUUUGAAACCUGCAGAGAGACACUCAGAGGAGAAGGACAACCAGCAGCCAGACAGCGACCAGCCAGGUACCAGCUCCGGAAAUCAGGAGGAGAAGGAUGCGCUGCUGGCCAGCAUUAGCGUCCAGGAAGCCAGUACGGUGGAAGAAGUCAAGUCCAUGUCAAGGUUUGGUAAGGGAGCAAUGAUUGGUAGCCGGAUGUCAGAAGAAGCUGGAGACAUGAAGCCUGCGAACACAAACCAGCCACCCUAUCAAGCUCAGCAGGUUACAGGUGCUCUGAGAUGCUGCUCUCCCACAGCCUUUGAAGAUCAUAUAUCCCCAACAACCGAUUUAAGCUCUGCUCGAUGCAAAAAAACGGUGCGCAAUAUCCAGAACCAAGAGAAGGACGCCGAGGAAGGACAACGCGAAGAGGGAAAAUUGUUCUUGCUCGAAGCUCAACCGCAAGAAUGUGGCGAGCCGAGGGACACCCAUCUGUUUUCCAUCCCUGGAGAAAAUCUGCCAAAGAGCUUUUGUUUGUCUGGAGAUGAGCUGGAGGGACGCUCGGACAGCACAUCGAGUCAGAGGCCGUACUUGUGCAGGAGGUGUGACAGAGUCUUCCAGCACCUGGAGAGCUACCUGGGCCACCUGAAGCCGCACAGACAGUACCUGUGUUUGGUCUGUGGGAAGGGUUUCUCCCAAAGGAUCAACCUGGUCCGCCACAUACGUGCGCACACCGGGGUCAAGCCUUUCCGAUGCCCGCUGUGCCACAAGACAUUUUCCCAAAAGGCCACGCUGCAAGACCACUUCAAUCUGCACACAGGGGAUCAAUCCCAUAAGUGCAGAUACUGUGGCGUGCUCUUCCAACACAAGGUCGGCCUGAGGCGCCACCUGAAGGACAUUCAUGGUAGUGGCCCGCAGAACAAUGAUUGAGGAGGCUGUGCACUGACGAUAGAGCCGCAGUCACGACACUACUGUCAUUAUCAUGGGGUUAUUUGUAGUUCAGAGAUCUAAAUAACUUUAGGAGCAUGUCAAACAAAGUCUAUCGUCCGGAACUUUCAGCGAAAUAACUUAGAAGAGGAUUUAAAGAAAUGGCAAAAUAGAGGCGAUCACAGAGGGCUACAUAAGUGUUUUCAAAUCUAUGAGUUAAUGCACUUCCCCUGUAACGUUUGGCUAAUGGACAAGUAGAUUUACAAGUAAAUUUCCUUCUGUGCCAUCUGCGGUGUUCUCCCGAUAACUGCCGGCACAAAACAUUGAAUUAAGUGCUGUAGCAUGAAAUGAAUAAGUUCUGUUAUGCUUGAACUGGCUGAGUUGGUAAUCGUUUCAAACUGAUUUUAGAAUGUUAUUAUAAUUUAUAGGUUGUACUGACAACUAAGUGUGUGUCUCUGUGCCGUCUGAUUUUUCUGCUUUACCAAGAAGAUGUUCCAGAAUAAACUAUUGAAUGAGUUUUAAGACUGGAAGUUAUACAGUGAACAAGUUAACGCUGCUUUAAUUAAUGCAAAACAAUGCAGAGAAAACGGUUGACUUGAUAAAAAGAAAUAAAAUGCCUUUGUGGCGUGAACAUGU